AUGGCUACUGUUAACAUUCGUCGGGAUGUUGCCGACCCCUUCUAUCGUUACAAGAUGGAGCGCCUUCAAUCCAAGAUUGAGGGCAAGGGCAAUGGUAUCAAGACCGUCGUAGCCAAUCUUCCAAGCGUCGCUCAAUCUCUUGCACGUCCUCCCUCCUAUGUAAUCAAAUUCUUCGGUUUCGAACUUGGUGCUCAAACCAAUACCAAUCCGAAGGACGACCGAUGGAUCAUCAACGGAGCCCACCAGGCAGAUAAACUUCAGGAGUCUCUUGACACUUUCAUCAACAAAUUCGUUCUUUGCAAGGAUUGUAAGAAUCCUGAAACCGAAUUCGUUGUCAAGGAUGGACGAAUCCUGCUCGACUGCAAGGCUUGUGGCCAGCGCACCGCCGUCGACCUUCGCCACAAGCUUAGCGGCUUCAUUCUCAAGAAUGAACCUAAAGGAGGAAAGAAAGCCAAGAAGGAAAAGAUGAGUCGCCGAGAUCGUGCUAAGCUUGAAGCUCAAGAAAAUGGGUCCGUCAACGGCACCGAUCGUAGUCCGCACGAGUCCAACUCGGAUAAGGAUGUCGAAGAAGAAGACGAUGGCGAGAUUGCUGCAGGUAGUGAUGACGAGUUCACCAAACAGAUUCAGGAAGAUGCUAAGACCAUCGACGCCACCAACGGUGCAACCAAAGAAGAGAAGUGGGCAGUCGACACUUCGGCUGAAGCAGUCGCUGCUCGUGCCAAAGAACUUCCCACUGAUCUCAAGCGUUCCCUUGCCUUUGACGAAGAAGACGAUGGUGGUGAAGAGAAUGGCUUCAGUGUCUACGAUCAGCUGGGUACCUGGAUCGAUACUCAAGCCAAGGAGAAAGGUGGUAUCGGAAAGGUGGAUGAUGUCGAUAUCUACAAGAAGACAGCUGAACUUGGUAUCGAGAGCAAGCACAAGACUUUGACUGUGCUUGCUCAGAUCAUCUUUGAUGAGAAUAUUGUCGCUCAGAUUCCUAAGCGGGCUGGCAUGCUCAAGAAGAUGAUUGGUGAUUCUGAGAAGCACCAGAAGGCUUUCCUGGGUGGCAUUGAACGAUUCGUCGGCAGUGGAAACAAAGAUCUCAUCUCGAAGGUUCCCACGAUCCUGAUGACUCUGUACCAGGAAGAUGUCAUUACCGAAGAAGUCACCAAGCCAUGGGGAACCAAAGCUAGCAAGAAAUACGUCGACAUCGCUACCAGCCGGAAGGUCCGACAAGCCGCUGAACCCUUCCUCAAAUGGCUCGAAGAGGCAGAGAGUGAUGAGGAGGAGAGUGACGAUGAGUAG